UUAACACAAUUUAAUCACUGAUCCGAUGGCCAAAAAUUAUAUGUCCAGUGAUUCUGACUCUGAUCUCGAAGUGAAUGAUGUGUUGACCGAUAAUAGCGGACAACCGGUCGAUACACUCACUGACCACUCAUUGCCGACCACUUCCCACAAAGAGACGAGUGUCCGAACCAAAAGUGGUCGUCCGUUACGGCCAACCUUUGGCCACAAAUCAAAGCGACCGAAAUAUAAUAUUUCCGAUACGAGUAAUGAUGAAAACGAUGGACACGAAGAGUCUGACAGUCAGCCAACUCAGGCGGCUAAUAGAGAGGGGAGUGUCCCGAACCAAAGUUAUCACCCGUUAUGGCUAACCAAUGGCCGCAAAUCAGGGCGAAAGCAAUAUAAUAUUUCCGACGCGAGUAGUGACGAAGAGAGUGGACACCAGUCGACCGCCAGUCGGCCAAUACGAGUGUCCGCCGAUGGCAUCCGUGAGGACUCGUGUCACGCGUGCGGUAUUGACGGCUGCAAAGAAUUCUUCGUAUGGAAGAGACAUCUUUCUGCCCACCGGACAGCUGUCCACCAAAUCGGUAAUUAUCGGCUCUUUCCGUGCGACCGAUGCCAGCAUUGCUGCACCAAUGAGACUGACUUGAGUGCCCACAAGUGGACACAGCAUAAGCCACUUAAAACUCUUGUUGAGCCCAAUGGACAGCGGACUCGGCGUUCAGACUUUGAGUGUAAGGAUUGCGGCAAAAGAUUUAAGUCGGCUGAAGGUGUGGGCCUUCACCGAGAGAUUGUCCACUCAGUCCUCCCGAUGCCUAUCAAUACUUCCGCAUUCGUUGAGUCCACACAAAAAGAGAUAAAAAAGCACACACAAUGUCUGGACAGCGACAGGUCUGGUAAGCGACAGAUUCCGUACGGCGGCCGACGCUUACAUUUGUCGGGAGUCAGAGCGGGAGGGCUGGGCUCUGGUGAUGCACUAGACGGGCGUCGGUCUGUCAAGAUU